AUGGCUGCCCCUCCACGCGUCCAGACACCGAAUCGACGGAUGAUUUACGGCGUUAUGCACGCCGAAUGCCGUCAGUUCUCAUCGCUGGACUGGACCCACUUUGUGUACUAUGACGGUGUCCAGCGCGCCGACUGGGUCAAACAGCUGGAAGGGUACAAGCUGCGAAGGAUGGAGCAGUGGAAGCAAGCGAGCGGCUGGGCCCACGAGUUCCUGUACUUCACGUUCUAUACCACGCACCAGGGCAAAGACUUCGUGCGCUACCUCCGUCUCGAUCGCAUGGGGCAGCUCACCGAGGUCGACGACCCGAACACGACCCCCGGGCCCAGCGACAUCGCGCUCUCCGUCUCCAAACCCCAGACCAUCGGCUCGUCCGCCCAUGCGUCCGACGCGACUGCAGCGCUGCUGGGCACAAAGGCGGCCGGCGACUCGGUCACGGUUGACCCGUAUCGCCACGACACCAUCGUCGGCAGGCGCAACUGGCCCGCCGGUAGCCAGCUCCUGUACGCUCUCGACUUCCCUCCCGACCAACAGCCCACCAUCCUCCACCUCGCGCUCGUCAUCGACAGGAUCCACAGCAUCGGCCCGCAUUAUAAGCUGCUCGGCACCAUGUGCUACUGGUACGCGCGCAGCGUGUACGAGGUCCUGAAGGCCAAGUUCGGCGGGCGCGAGCAGCGGACGCGGCACGCCAAUAAGCGCGGGACGUACAUGGGCAAGCUCUUCGUCAGCGACGACCUGCACUUCGAUCUCUCGCAGCUGUCGGACGACGUGCUGCGCAAGGCUGCAAAGAAGGCGUAUCCGCGCAAAGGUCUGCUCGGGAGCUCGUCGUCAGGGCCCGACGGUAUCGACUCGCAGGAGGGACAAGCGCUUACGGCGCAGCUGCGAGCGGAGCGCAGCAGCUUGGGGCAGGCUUGCCCCGAUGUGUUCGCCAUGGUCGAGCUUCCCUCCUCUUCUACGCGCGCGAGGUUCAUUCGGCCAAUCGAGGAUCUCAUUGACAAGCUCGACAACAUGUAUGCGACAAAGGUCGAGGAAAUACAAGCUGAAGUGUUCAACAAUAUGGAUGACGCUGUCAAAGAUGCCGAGAAUCGUGCCCGCGCAGCCGAGGCCAUGCAAAGGGAAACGGAGGCGAGGCGAAAAGAAUUGGAGGCUAGGCAACGAGAAUUGGAGGAUAGGCUAGCCGUCUACGAGCAGCAAGACGCCAGGAAAUCUGUGCAGGGUCGGAGCCCUUGA